AUGUUUCUCCUGGAUCUGCUACUACUUCUGGCUUCCUGCUGCAGUCCUGUCCAAAGUGAAACCACCACCAAGACGUACCAUACCACCAUUGUAGGGGCAGGUGCAGCCGGCUUGGCGGCAUCGUACACGUUGCUCAACGAUGGAGGCGUGCCAUUUCAAGAUAUCAUAAUUCUGGAAGCUUCGGAACGACUCGGUGGGCGAGUCUGGAAGGAUACUACCUUCACAAACUCAGAAUUAGCCUUGGAGUUGGGUGGAAGUUUUGUCCAAUAUCCCAGUGCCAUUGCCCGCAUUAUGAGGGAGUCUGAUCCCUCAAGAAAUCUGCGACGACCGGCUGACACGGGUCUCCCUACGUUUUCCAACAAUUACACAUACUGGGAUUUCUUGAAUGAUCACAUUGCACCGAAACGUCAAGACGCCAUGAUACAAUACCAUUGUCGAGUGAACCGUGUGGACUAUCAAAAUGACAGUGUGAUCUCCACUUGCGAGGACGGUAGGAGUUUUCGUUCCGACCAUGCCAUUGUGACGGUCCCAUUACCAAUCCUCCAAGAUGGCGACAUCAACUUCCAACCACCCUUGCCAGACUCCAUGACGAUCAAUCACCCUGGAAGUAUGUGGCAAGGCAUCAAGGUAUUCUUGGAGUUCAACAAUGACUUUUUCAAUGGAUUUUGUCUCGAGGAACUAGGGGUCUGUCUCAAUAUGAAAGGAGAAAAUCUGUUUUGGGACUUUACCUCUGUCAAUGCUGGAUUUUUAACCAGUGGCAACACGAUGAUGGCUGGGUUUAUCCUGGGAGAUCAAAGUGAGCCAUACAUUGGCUUGGAAGAUGAACAAAUACUUCAAAAAGUCUUGGCCAUGCUGGAUAACGAAUUCAAUGCAAGGGCCAGCAUGCACUAUGUCCGAGGUUUUGUGUGGAAUUGGUCGGCAGACCAAAACUUUCGGGGAACUUUGUCCAGCUGUGGCUACGAUUGCUCAGGGGACAACCCAAGUGGGGCUCAAAACAUCAAGGAUAAGGUUUGGAUUGCAGGCGAAGCCUUCCCAAUCGACGGUGAAAACGGAUGGGUAGAUGCAGGGGCAUUUUCGGGGGACGACGCUGCCAAGGAAAUUUUGCUGUUGAGUAAAGGCGUGGCAGUGCCAUCGGGUCUAUUCUGGGAUCGUGUACAAAGUGAUGUAACCGCAAGCCCCACAGCUGCUCCAACGAAUGGUACAGUCUUGUGGCCGUAG